CGAUCUUUGCGAGCGGCGCUUGUGUUUACAGGCAGACUGCAGAUCCAAACGAGGGAAGGAGACACUCCGCGUACCUGCGCCGUGUUAAUCUAGUCUGGCGACGCUUUACAGCCUGCUUGCUACCAACGAAAAACCCAAUUAUAUAAGCGUACCAGCAACGGAGGGUGCGUUAAAGGACGUUUAAACGCACAUUUCGAACGCGGCCUGGUGUAGUAGUCGUACGGGAGGAUGAAUUGCAGCCACAACAACAACGCGGUGAGCCCGUGCAUGAUGAGCGGCUGAAGGAGGAGGGAGGAGGAAGAGGGAGACUGCGGUCUCAAAAAAAAAGAAGAAAAAAGCGCACCACGCUCCUCGCCUGAAUCAUUUUCACCCCAAACAAACUCGCCUUCUUCACGCGACAAGAUUUUUUUCGACAUGUAAAGUAAGCUUCAGAUCUAAGAUUUGACUGCGGAUGAUUCCACCUCCACCAGCGGGACGGUAUGCGUUUCCCCCCCACACCACCACGACAUGGAGCGUGAAGAUGCGGAUUACACAGGAAUCCCCGGCGCUCACCGUUUAGCCGUAUCUGUCCCGCCGCCCUCACCUACGCGGUGUGCUUUUUUGUCGGCGCUUACGCGUAAUAUGAACACAUUUCCACUAGUGCGGGUGUUUAAACAUUUGAUUUUCCAAGCGGGAUUUUGUGAUUGAGCUAGCUCCCGGGUGCUAGCCCAUUAGCCCCAUUAGCCGGCUAACGGCUAAAAGGCGCUGGCUUUAGAUUUAAAAGGCUUCUUUCCCACCCUCCCACGCCACCUAGAAAUAACCCUGGGUGGUUUUUACACGGACGACGGACGCACCCCUCCUUCGCCCCCUUCCAGCCACUUGGCGGGCAUAUUUAUUUACAGGUUCUCGGCGGAGGAUUUACGUCUCCGGGAAUGAGGGCUCCAAUGGAAAGGAGCCGCUUGACCUUGUUUUGGGGUCUGAUGCUGGCCGCGUCGUCCUGCCUCCGGCCCGCCGCUGCUGAGAUUUGCGGCCCCAGCAUCGACAUCGGCAAUGGAAUAAGUGAAUUUCGGCGUCUGGAGAACUGCACAGUGGUGGAAGGUUACUUGCAGAUCCUCCUCAUCAGUGACAAGAACAACAACCAGGAAGUCUUUCGCUCCCUCAGCUUCCCCAAGCUAACUGUGAUCACGGACUAUCUGCUGCUGUUCCGGGUCCCCGGCCUAGACAGUUUGAGCACGCUGUUCCCCAACCUGGCCGUGAUCCGCGGCCACAACCUCUUCUACAACUACGCUCUGGUCAUAUUCGAGAUGACCAGCCUGAAGGAUAUCGGCCUGUACAACUUACGCAACAUCACGCGAGGCGCCAUCCGGAUAGAGAAGAAUCCAGAGCUGUGCUAUCUGGACUCGGUGGACUGGUCACUCAUCAUGGACGCCGAGUUCAACAACUUCAUUGCUGGGAACAAGCAGUCCAAAGAGUGCAGCGACGUGUGCCCUGGCAUCAUGGAGAACAACCCGCAGUGCCGCAAGACAAUGUUCAACAACAACUACAACUAUCGCUGCUGGAACUCGAACCACUGCCAGAAAGAAUGCCCAGAGAAAUGCGGGCGACGAGCAUGCACGGCGAAUGGCGACUGCUGUCACGAGCAGUGCCUCGGCAGCUGUACCUUGCCGGGCAGUGACAGUUCUUGCGCCGCCUGCGUCCAUUAUUACCACGAGGGCCGUUGCGUGGCCGACUGUCCGCCCGGCACUUACAAGUUCGAGGGUUGGCGGUGCAUCAGCGCCGAACUCUGUUCCCGAGUCCACCUGCCUGACUACGAUAGUUUCGUCAUCCACCAGGGCGAAUGCAUGUCCGAGUGUCCCUUCGGGUACACGCGCACCACCCCUAACAGCAUGUCCUGUGCUGCCUGCGAUGGUGUGUGCGAUAAGGUGUGUGACGAGAAGGUCAUCGAUUCCAUGGAUGCCGCGCAGUCACUGAAAGGCUGUACAGUUAUCAAAGGCAAUCUACACAUCAACAUCCGCAGAGGCCACAACAUGGUGGCCGAACUGGAGAGUUUCACGGGUUUAAUCCAGAGGGUGACGGGCUACGUGCGCAUUCGACACUCGCAUACGCUCAGUUCGUUGGCCUUCCUGCGAAGCCUGAGAUACAUCGACGGCGAGGAACUCCUGGAUGACACCUACGCCUUCUCGGCAUUUGACAACCAGCAGCUCCAGUACUUGUGGGACUGGAAGCAGCACAACCUCACCAUCCGGAACGGGAAGCUGUUCUUUCGGGCCAACCCCAAGCUCUGCGUGUCGGAGAUCCGAAAGAUGUGGGAGAAGACUGGAGUAUCGGGACGCUUUGAUGAAAAUGACUUGCGCAACAAUGGCGACCGAGCCAGUUGUGAAAGCACCAUCCUGCAGUUCAAGUCCAACACCACUAGCAGCACUCGGAUCAUACUGACCUGGCAGCGCUACCGUCCCCGUGAUUACAGAGACCUGAUCAGCUUUAUCGUCUACUACAAGGAGGCCCCUUUCCAGAACAUCACCGAAUUCGAGGGACAGGAUGGAUGCGGCUCCAACAGCUGGAACAUAGUGGAUGUCGAGCUGCACCAGGAUAAGGACACGGACCCCGGGGUGCUUUUGUCCGGUUUGAAGCCUUGGACACAAUACGCCGUGUUUGUCAAAGCCAUCACACUUAUGGUGGAUGACAAGCAGGUGCCCAGCGCCAAGAGCAAGGUGGUGUACAUCCGUACGAGCCCAUCAGCGCCCUCCAUGCCUCAGGACGUGCGUGCCUACUCCAACUCCUCCACCCAGCUGGUGGUGCGCUGGGUCCCCCCUGUGUCCCCCAACGGCAAUCAAACCUACUACUUGGUGCGCUGGCAGCAGCAGGCCGAAGACCGAGAAUUGUACCAGCAUAAUUAUUGUUCUAAAGAGUUAAAAAUCCCUGUAAGGAUGGCUGCGAUUGGAGUGGGAGACCACGAGGAAGACACUAAACCCACAAAGCCGGACCCCAACAGCCCCGACAAGGGCCCCUGCUGUCCCUGCCCCAAAUCGGCGGAGGACCUGGAAGCGGAGGCUGCCGAUGCCUCCUAUCGGAAAGUCUUUGAGAACUUUUUGCACAACUCCAUCUUCACACCCAGGCCACCCGAUCGCCGCCGACGAGAUGUAUUUAACAUCGCCAACGCCACCCACUCUCGACGCCAGCACUGGCCUCACUCCAACACCAGCACCGUGCCUCCGAUGCAGGGCGCUGGCAAUAGCAGCGGUACCAACCCGGAGCUGGCGGAGCAAGAGUUUGAUUUUGUGGAACAGGCGGUUACAGAGCGCGAGCUGCAGAUAUUUGGUUUGCAGCCGUUCACCGUAUACCGCAUCGACGUUCACGCCUGCAAUCGGCAGGUGCAGCGCUGCAGUGCUGCAGAGUUUGUUUUCUCCAGGACUAAACCGGCAGAAAAGUCUGAUGACAUUCCAGGCUCGGUGACCUGGGAGGGUCACGAGGACUCCGUGUUCCUGCGUUGGCCGGAACCGUCACACCCCAAUGGUCUCAUCCUCAUGUAUGAGAUCAAGUUCAAACUGGGCGCAGAGAAUGAGAAGCACGAGUGCGUGUCGGCUCAGAUGUACCGGACACAGCGCGGCAUCCGUCUGUCCAACCUGAGUCCGGGCAACUACUCGGUGAGGGUCCGAGCGACAUCGUUGGCUGGGAACGGAUCCUGGACGCAGCCGAUAGACCUUUACGUGGCGGAACGAUAUGAAAACUUCCUUUACGCCAUCAUAUUCGCCCCACUCUUCAUCAUUGUGCUCAUCUGCGUCCUGGCUGGUGUGCUCUUUGCCUUGAACAGAAAAAGGAACAGCGAUCGGCUUGGAAAUGGAGUCCUGUACGCGUCUGUCAACCCUGAAUACUUCAGUGCUGCUGAAAUGUAUGUACCUGACGAAUGGGAGGUGGCACGCGAGAAGAUCUCCCUGAGCCGCGAGCUGGGCCAGGGCUCGUUCGGAAUGGUGUAUGAAGGAAUCGCCAAGGGUGUGGUGAAGGACGAACCGGAGACGCGAGUGGCCAUCAAGACAGUGAACGAAUCAGCCACCAUGCGGGAGCGCAUCGAGUUCCUAAACGAAGCCUCCGUCAUGAAGGAGUUCAACUGUCACCACGUGGUGCGUCUGCUGGGGGUGGUGUCUCAGGGCCAGCCCACUCUGGUCAUUAUGGAGCUGAUGACACGAGGAGACCUCAAGAGUUACUUGCGCUCCCUCCGGCCUAAAGAGCAACAGUGGUCAAGUUUGUCGCUACCACCCCUGAAGAAAAUGCUACAGAUGGCAGGCCAAAUCGCGGACGGCAUGGCGUACCUCAAUGCCAGCAAGUUUGUGCACAGAGAUCUGGCGGCGCGCAACUGCAUGGUUGCCGAGGACUUUACCGUCAAAAUAGGAGACUUCGGAAUGACCAGAGACAUCUACGAGACCGACUACUACCGCAAAGGCGGGAAGGGUUUGCUACCCGUCCGAUGGAUGUCGCCUGAGUCUCUGAAGGAUGGUGUCUUCACCACCAAUUCGGACGUCUGGUCGUUUGGGGUGGUCUUGUGGGAAAUUGCUACACUAGCAGAGCAGCCCUACCAGGGUCUUUCCAACGAGCAGGUGCUGCGCUUCGUCAUGGAGGGAGGCUUGCUCGAGAAACCGCAGAACUGUCCCGACAUGUUGUUCGAGCUAAUGCGCAUGUGCUGGCAGUACAACCCCAAGAUGCGUCCGUCUUUUGUGGAAAUCAUCAGCAGCGUGAAGGACGAGCUGGAGCCGUCCUUCUCCGAGGUUAGUUUCUUCUACAGCGCCGACAACAAGCCGCCUGACGCCCAGGCCCCGCCCCAACAACACUCCGACAACACGGACGACGCAGUCGACACGCCACUGCAAAUGCCGCCCUCGCCCAGCUCCCACCCAGGACCUUCGCUAGCCCCCGGCUCGCCCCGCACGAACAAGGAGCCCGUCGGGCAUCAAGCGGCUAACGGCUUGACGUCAUCGACGUCGUCAUCAUCACUGGGGGCGCCGGGCAACGAGUCUGGUUCGGCGGCCGCCAUGCAGGCGUCCCUGGACGAGCUCCCGCCCUACGCCCACAUGAACGGGGGACGCAAAAACCAGCGUGCCAUGCCUUUCCCUCAGUCGUCUGCCUGCUGAUCAAACGGAGCAAAGACUCAUGGGAAGUCAAACCUAUUCUGCUGUAGUAAGGACACCCCUUUUUGUUUUUUUCGUUGAUCUACCAGACGCAACACUGCCCCCUUGCUGCCGAAAGAAUCACCGCGGAGGGAGUUGCUUGUUUGAUAAACGCUUUCUUACUUUUUCCUUUCUAAGAGGAUUUCGCUCCAUUUUUGAGUGGGCAUUACGGAAGCAUAUAUGCAUCCACGCAACGGGAGAAGAAGCACUUAAAGACAGAGGUCCUCCACGUUGCUGCCUUUGUGCCGGUUGCUAUGGUAACGACUUUAAAAACAGCUGGAAAAAUCUACAUUUUGAUACGCUCGUCUCCAUUUCGAUCAUUUGUUUUGUCUCGGUAUGAAACUGAGCCACAAACAAAACAUUCUUCAUCACGCGACCAUGGCUUUUCGUUCAAGUUGUUUCAAACCAAGCGUUCAUAAGAAAAAUGUCUGGAAAAUGAUGAUAAAGGCCGCAAAAAGAAAAUGAUUUUGAUACUCCACCAAAAUUGUGCCUGUUGGUACAAUAAUCACAUAAAAAGGCCUGAAAAUGUUUGUAAAGUGGUUCAAGGACGUAUGAAAAACGUGAAAAUCUGCAAAAAAUUCAGUACUAAAACACAUUUUGUUUGCCGGGGCAGGUCCUCAAUGUUGCUAAUAUUGUGGCGGUAAGUAAAACAAAACAAAAAAAAUGUCAUUACAAUGGUUACUUGUACUGAAGAAACACUGCAAAAACCUAUAAAAAUGCUGGAAAAAACACUCCGAUAAAGUCUGAGCCACAGAAAAGUGCAACGAACAAAUGUCAAAAUUCCCCCGAAAUAAUAUUUCGGUUUUAUUUUGAAGAGGAUUCACGCAAAAUCUUGCAGGUUUUUUUCUUUUCCGCUCGUUGGUACGACAACAAAAACCGGCUAUGAAAGCGGUGCAAAAACAACAUAUUUUUUGGAAAACAUCGAAAGCUGAGCCACAAAUCUUCGCAAAGUGCUGCAAAACAGACAUCAAAACACUGUCAUGUUGGUGUUUGAGUUUUUUAAAAAUGGUUUUAAAUAGCAUUUAGGCCGGUUUUCUUUGGGUGUGACUUUUUGUACCUUUUUUCUACGGUCCCCACCUUGUUCAUCUUGUACAGAGAAAAGAAAAGACAAGCUGCUAUUCCUUAUUUUCUCUUGUGGUUGUAAUAUAGAUAAUCUAUAUAAAUAUAUAUGACUUUAUGAGUAUAAGAGACCUUCAGGUUGAAUCCACGAGCGUUUUCACUGCAGUUUGCCAUAAUUUUUUGGGUUUCCUUUUGUUUUUUCAAGCUGAACUGAGCUGGUUUCAAAGAAAUACUCCUAAUAUUGUGUUUCGCAGAGUCCCAAGUAAAUCUCAGGUUUGUGCCGUCACCUUAGGCUUUAAUUCUAUUGUUAGCCGCUAAAAAUGCUAAAAAAUUCAAUUCAAUGUUUCCCUCAAAAUCACAGUAUUAAGCCUCUUACUCUCUUUACGCUUGCUGCCGCUUUUUAUAUAACGUUAAAUUAAUCAUUAUCAUCAAAGGUCUUGGGCUAGCCGUUAGCUGUUUUUCACUAGCUACAGCUAGGUUUUUCUUUAGCCAGGUUUGUCCAGCUAGCUCACAAAUACGAACAAACCAGAGUGUAGACAUCAAAAAACUGUACAACAAAAUGGCGGCGUCAAGUACAUGAAUGCUAAUCAUCCCAAAAAAAAACGGACACAAGUAUUUUUUUAAGCGCUAUACUUUUUGUUUUAGCUAGCGUCCAAGACGCGAAUAGCUUUCGCGAUAGCCGAAGACGUUCAAUUUAGCCAGCGGGCUAGCUAAUGCUAACUAAGACGUCAAAUUUCGAUGCACUACUAUUAAAUUUCAAUUCAUCUCAUGAUAAAACGGCGUCUGCCAAGCGUACGCAGAUGCUAAUCGUGAACACUAGCCGUAGGGCCAUGACUGCCUGUUCCCUAUGAAUUAAAAGGCUGAAUUAAUUUAUUUAUAAGAUUUAUUGAAGAAAUAAUGACCAGCCCAGUUGUUUGUGUUUUUUUUGUUGUUGUGUGAGUGUGUGUAAAUCACUGUACAGAAAUAGCUGGAGACUUUUUCUAUUUGUUUUGGUACGUUUUUGAGGAUUUUUCGCUACUUCUAGGGGAAGGUUUUUCAGUUUUUUUGUUCAACCAUCCAUCUACCUCACUGAUUUUUUUAAAAUUCUUAAUUACUACAAUGUGGAGAAGCUUUACUUUAUGUCUCGAUUACAAACCACAAACCAAACAGCAGCACAGAAACAUUGGAAGUUACACAGAAAAUGACUGAUACAUUGUUUAAUUUUCUGUUUUUGCUUUUUAUGAAGAGCCAGAACUGACCUAAUUUUGUGAUGAAAUUAUAUUUUUGUUUUUUGAGCAAUGUCGCAAGUUUAAUUUACAAUCGAACUAAAUUCUGUUGAAAUUUUGACUUUUUAUUUGGCUUUGUUCAAUGUCAAGUCACGAAAUUGUCGACGUUUUUCACGUAUUUACGCGUCCUGGAAAUUUUGGAUUUCUGUUUUUACACUUGAUUCUGUCCGUGUUUCUGUUGCUGAUGGCAAAAAAACAACAUUCUCAAGCUUCUUCCACUUCGUCACACAUUUCGAUGCCAGUUUUAAUGAAGACGUAAUGUUGAGAUUUGUGUAUAUUUUGGGCGGGAUUUUAGUUGGCCCCCUGAGAGACGUUAUUAGAGGCCUUCGUGACAGAGUGGACCACAUCCGCGUGUUCAAAAAUGAGGAGGUUUAAGUAAAAAAAAAAUAAAAAAAAGCAGAAUAUUCUGUUUUCUGGCCUUUUUUGGGGACUGGCUGUUGCCGUGGUGAAUACAGGUACAGCUGGUUCUUCGGUUUAAAUGCAGUAGAGAUAUAAGGGAUCAGGAUGAAUUUUUUGUUUGUUUGUCGUUGUUUGUUUUUACCACUGGAAGGCCUCAAAAAACUUUGGGCGGCUUUUUUCUCGCAUCCAUGGCUGAUAGUUUUGUACAUUUUUUUCCAAUAGCCUUCCUAUUGAAAAUCUAGAAUGAGGUUUCAUUUUGUUCCCAUCCCUCAUUCCGCCUAUUUUUGUUUUGUACAUUUUUUCAAAUAUAUUCUGGAGGGUGAUGAAACUGAUGAGCGGAAGAAUAACGAGAAUGUCUUUCGCUGGUUCUUGUUUUUCUACAUUGGAUUUAAGAUAAAUAAAACUGUAUGCAAAUCAUGGCUGCUUGUUUUUGGUUUUUCCUCUGAUAUAUUCUAUGGUAAUAUAAUUUAUGUUCAAAUAUUCAUUCAUUCAUUCAUUAUCCAAGCUGCUUAUCCUCACGAGGGUCGCGGGAAUAUUUUGGGCCCAAGCCUGAACAUGCUCGAAAACUCACCAAAAUUUGCACAUACAUGCAGCUUGACAUGCAGUUUGCGACCUUGCAAAAAAAAUUGUAAUUUAAAUUUUCAAAAAAGGCCUCGCCUAUUAGGUUUUUUCAAUAUAAAGCGAUGAAAUUUGGGGAGUCAAUACCUUGUACAACUGCUCCAAAAAGUCUCUUGUACCCAUAUUUCAACACGAUUUCCAUUCAUUUCCUAUUAGGGACAAACGGUGGCUUGUCCCUACUUAGCAACAGUAGCAAAUUUCAUGAAUAUUAAUGAGCGGAAGUGACGUGUUGCUUGCGGUACGCCAUUACAACAUGUCUAAAACUGUUGUGCCGAAAAAUACCCGCCCCGCGUGAAAUGUCCCCCCUGACGGAAGCGCCCACACGUCACUCGUACAAACAGCCUUUUCUUACCAAUCGAUGGACACGGAAACUACUUUCUUUUACCGUGAGUAUGUAUUAUUUUAUUCUGCUUGAACUAAUAAAUAUUGUAUUGUGAAUGUGUAUUAUUUUACUCUUGAACUA